GUGAGCUAUGAUUCGAGGGGCGCAACUGUACGCCGUCCGCUGGAUCGCAUCAACGGCUGUCGACACCCCGGCCGACAUCGACAGACUCUGCGCAGCUGUCUCGAACAAUUUGGCAACGUUAAUUCGCCAGCACGCCGACAGUUUUCCAGACGAACUACCGGCGGGUUUGCCACCUGAGCGAGACCACGACCACAAAAUCGAGUUGGAGCCUGGCGCGCAACCGGCUGUUCGGACCCAAUGGCGGCUGACUCAGCUCAAGCUGGAUGAACUUCGAUGCCAGCUGGACUACCUGCUCGAGAUAGGUUUCGUUCGCCCCAGCAAUUCCCCGUUCGCAGCUCCGAUCCUGUUCACCCCGAAGAAAGAUGGCGGUCUCCGAAUGUGUAUCGACUACCGCGCCUUAAAUCGGGUUGCCAUCAAGUCCCGCUAUCCUAUCCCGCGUGCCGACAAACUCAUCGACCAACUUCGUGGGGCCAAGUUCUUUUCAAAAAUUGACCUGCAAGGCGGUUACCAUCAGAUCCGCGUGAACGAAGCUGACUGCUACAAGACGGCGUUUUGGACCCGGUACGGGGGUUACGAGUACACGGUUAUGCCAUUUGGCUUAACAAACGCACCUUCAACAUUCCAGUUAACCAUGAACGAAGUCUUUCGGCCGCUGCUGGAAAAAUGCGUCAUCGUGUACCUCGACGACAUCCAAAACUACAGCCCUACCCGCGAACAGCAUUUGAAGGAUUUGGAAGCAAUUUUUUCUCUCCUACAGCAGCACCGACUCAUCACCAAGGGCUCUAAGUGCGAGUUUCUCAAACAAGAACUGGAGUUUUUGGGCCACGUCAUUUCCAUCGACGGCGGGAGAGCAACAGGCUGCGUUCGAAAAGCUCAAACUUUUCCUGACUACACCUCCGGUUCUUCGGAUUGCCUCCAACCCAUCGCCUACGAGUCACGAAAGCUGAACCCGGCCAAGCGAAAUUAUCCUGUACACGACAAGGAUUUACUCGCCAUCGUUCACGCUUUCAAGGUCUGGCGCUGCUACCUGACCGGCGCUGACGUGACAGUCCGAACAAACCACAAAUCGCUAAAGUUCAUCCGCGCCAAACCGACACUGAAUUCCCGACAGAUUCGCUGGCUCGAUUACCUCGAGUCAAACUUCCACUACAGAGUCACCUAUAAACGGGGGGUUAGCAAUAUCGCCGACGCGCUGACCCGCCCUUCAGUCCACACCUGCGCACAACAAGUGACAAUGGAUUUCGUCACCGGCCUGCCAGCUGGUCCAAGCGGUAACGACGCGAUUCUCGUCGUCAUUGACCGGUUGACCAAGAUGGCCCACUUCGCCGCCUGCAAGACGACGAUUACUGCCGAGCAGACAACGAAACUGUUCCUCACGAAUAUCGUGCGGCUACACGGCCUCCCUUCGGCAAUCAUCAGCGAUCAUGACCCACGAUUUACGUCCAGCUUUUGGACAAAAAUUUGGGAACAGUACGAUACACGUCUCCAUCUGUCCACGGCUUACGACCCACAGACCGACGAUCAGACUGAACUGAUAAAUAAGACCAUGGAGCAGCUGAUACGGACAACCUGUACCGACCCGACCCAAUGGGAGGAUUCCCUUCCUUUGAUCAAGUUUGCGUAUAAUAACGCCUCUUUGUCCAUGACUGCCGAAUCACCGUUCUCCUUGAAUUACGGUCUAAACCCCACGACUCCAACUACACCCUUAGUUAAGAGUUUCGUUCGCCCCAGCACAUCCCCGUUUGCAGCUCCAAUCAUGUCCACCCCGAAGAAAGAUGACGGUCUACGAAUGUGUAUUGACUACCGCGCCUUGAAUCGGGUUACCAUCAAGUCUCGCUACCCUAUACCGCGUGCCGACGAACUCAUCGACCAACUUCGCGGAGCCAAGCUCUUCUCGAAAAUUGACCGGCGAGGCAGUUACCACCAGAUCCGCAUUUCGGACAUGUGCGAGUUUCUCAAACACGAACUGGAGUUUUUAGGACACGUCAUUUCCGUCGACGGCGUUAAAAUCGACCAGAAGAAAAUUGCGACGAUACAAGACUGGAAGCCGCCGGCUGAUCUCCGCGAACUUCAGAAUUUUAUGGGAUUUGUGAAUUACGUUCGCCGUUUCAUUCCCAAUAUGGUGGGGUUGACUUCCCCUCUCACGGACCUCUUGAAGAGGGGCAAGUAUUAUGAGUGGGGGGGAGAGCAGCAGGCUGCGUUCGAACAACUCAAACUUUUCAUGACUACACCUCCGGUUCUUCGGAUUGCUGAUUCUCACCGUCCGUUCGAGCUCAUCACCGACGCUAACGAUCUGGCCGUUGGCGCAGUACUGUUACAAGACUUCGGCGAAGGCCUCCAACCCAUCGCCUACGAGUUACGAAAGCUAAACCCGGCCGAGCGAAAUUAUCCUGUCCACGACAAGGAGCUACUCGCCAUCGUUCACGCCUUCAAUGUCUGGCGCUGCUAUCUGACGGGUGUUCACGUGACAAUCCGAACAGACCACAAAUCGCUAUAGUUCAUCCGCGCCCAACCGACACUG